AUGAACGAAGCAACAACCACCAUCACGUCAAUUUUGUCCUCGUCGUCUUUUUCACCAUGCUCUCCCAACGAAGUAGCCAUACGUCCCGGAGAUUGCGUCGAAGGCGGAGUCGAAGAAUGGUUGGAGGACGAAGCGUUGCCUGGAUUUCGUGUUUGGCAAUUAGCCGGAAUAAUCCUCUCCAUUUUGCUUAGCGUGCUCGUUGGACUUUGUUGCUGUAUUCGAUUCAGAGUGCCGCGCACUAAACAGGAAAUAGAGGCCAAUUACGUACGAGAAAAAAUUACGAAAAGCUUCAGAAACGAACUAUAUAAAAUCAACAACGGCGAAAUGGACGAAAUGGAUUUGGAAAAAGCUUUAAAUAAAAUUCGAAUCAAGUUCGACGCGGAAAUGCACGAAUCGCGAACGGAAAGUCGAAAAACAAUAGAAAGGAACACACAACGCGGAUUAUUAUCAAGAUUUAAUGCAACAAUUAGUGGAAUUCAUUUCACCAAGACUGACAAUAUCAUUUAA